AUGACGGGGGCAAACGGUUCGCCGCGCUCUAGUGUCGUUGUAUUCUGGGACUGGGAGAACUGCCCGAUUCCGGAGCCGAAAUAUUCGAUGGCACGUCUGUCUGCCCUGCGUCAAUUAGCACAUAAAUUUGGUCGCAAUGUCACGUUCAGAGUGUACAUGGAUCGUGCGCAGCUCACUGCACCCCGGGCUACGGCCAUGCGCUCGAGAUUGUACUCGGCAGGAAUUGAGCUGGUCGACUGCCCUCAUGACGGGUUGAAAGAGGUAGUGGACAAGGCUAUCACUGUCGACAUGUUCGAAUAUGCACUCGACAAUCCCGCCCCGAGCACCUUGAUGCUCAUCUCCGGAGAUCGUGGCUAUGCGCCCAUGCUCUCCAGGCUAUCGCUGCGAGGCUACACGGUAGUUAUCAUCACCCCAGUCACUGCCCAGGCGGGCUUGCGCCUCGCUCAGUGUCACGCAGUCUAUGAAUGGUCAGACCAACUCACGCUGUUGGAGGUGAGUAUUUUUGCUUCUCUACUCCGGGGUGGAUACACAACGGAUUGA